AUGAGGCCAUGUGCCCGUCACGCCGGCCCAGUACUGUAUUCGUACGUAGCAGCACCCACCAUUGUCGACAACACUUCCGCAUUGAAGUACCUACGGAUACCUGGUGUCCUUAUCCAUCAACCCAGCAGCAUCCGGGGCGAGGAACACCGCAUCCGCAUCCGCGAAGCAAGGGACCAGACCAGACCCUCAAGCCCGUGCGGAGCUGCGAUAGCGUGGGUUAGGACCUGGACAUGGGCAGCUGCCCACACGGUUUAUUCACUUUGUUUCUGUAGGGCUUUCCCUCUCCUCGGCAUCCCCUCCGAGUGUCAACCUUCCUGCGACGAAGACAAAAGAUGGUGUCGACACCAGCCCUGUCACGUACACUUAUUCUCGAUGGAACCCCUUGCUCUUGUCAACUGCGCCGCUGCAUCAUGGGCCGUCAUCGUGCGUCCGCCGUGA